GCCAUGGGGAGGGAGGGUGAGUGAUCCUCUGGACUCCAGGAUCGGCGGGAUAGAGAAGAGAAAGUUGAUUUAGCAGAUCCUUAUCGGAGCCUGUCCAAAGUCCUCCCCCAGCCUCCGAGCCCUGCCCUCAACCUGCCUCCCCUACCUCGUGCUUCCCUCCCACCUUCUGACUCCAGUCCGCUGGCAAGAAGUGGAAGCCACAACUCCUAGCGCGCCCCCUCUCUCCCUUUGACUUCCAGAUGUCUCACGGUUGAGCAGCGGCCAGUCCUCCCUCCCUGGGGGCUUUGGAGAUCACCACGCCGCGCCUGGAGCGCCCGCCCUCAAGAUGUGGGCCCCCGCGGCCUGCCUUCUGCUUUCUUCCUUGUCCUUGUCCUGGUCAGACCAGCAGAGCCCCUUGAGAAACAGCUCGGCCCAGGUGCUCGGGGUGCAGAAUGUCACAAACGAAGUUCAGUGCCAGCAACUGUGCAGAGACUCGAACCCGACAGGUGGCAACAGGACAGGUCAGCUUUUCUGCAGGUGGUCCCCAAAGGAGCCGCAGCUUUGUGUCGUCCUCGAAUGUCCACAGCUGGUGCUGUGCCAAAAUGCCAGCUCUCAGGAGAUCCAAGAACUCGUCGCAGAAUUUGAAUCACAUCAUGGGAAGUUGAACUUCACCACCACGGAAACUUGGCUCACUCUCAAUGCAUCGGGGACCUCCCCGGCUCCUGCCCGGCAGCCCACCGAGCCGUCCCAGACCCCUCGUCCUCUCCCAGCAGCCCGUGGCAACCAGACGGAACUUGGGAGCUCGCCUCCGAACGGCACCAGCCCGGGCAACUCCUCUCUGGGCCCCGUCUCAGCGGCUACAACGGACAGGCCUUCGGCCACUCUCACACCCCAGGUACAGAGAACCACCGAGGGGGUUUCCACAGGGCCAUUGCUGACCCAAAGGACCCAGGCUGGCUCCCUGCCAGCAACGCAAGACCACGACGGCUCGAGGACCACCACGGCGGGAGUCACAGUCCCCGAGCCAAAAGCAGCGAACGGUUCUGCCGGCGGCUCCCCCAGCCGGGCUCUGACCACGCCUUCCGGGGGGAUCCCAAGGCAGGGCACACCAACCCUGACCAAAGCUGGGUCUGCGGACGUGCCGUCCGAUCCACAAGUGCCGGCGACCACUCCAUCCCUGGCUCUCCCCAGCUCCCAAACCUCAGCAGCCUCAUUCAGGAGCACUCCCACUCUCUCCACCAGCACAAGGGCAGCGUCCUCCCCCAAACCAGAAGCCGCACCUUCCACUCCUCAGGCGACCGGCCUCAGGACGACGCCGACCGCCGAGCCGACCUCGGCUGCCCGGGCCGCGGGGACUCCGGGCCCCUCGCAGGCUCCGGAAAGCGCUCCCCUGCCGACCGGCCCGAGGCCGGUGUCGCCCACAGUGCCCGAGCCAUCCCUGGAGACGGGCACGGAAAGCCAGUAUGUGCCGAUCGUCACUUCACCCUUCGCCCAGUAUUUAGUCAAGAAGAACUUACUCUUGGCCGUGCUCUUCGCCGGCACCCUCUUGUUCCUCGCCGUCCUGGUCCUGUUGGCCAUGCAGGCCUACGAGAGCUACAAGAAGAAGGACUAUACGCAGGUGGACUAUUUAAUCAACGGCAUGUACGCAGACUCGGAGAUGUGAGGGGGGGACGCGGCAGCUCGGGGCGGCGGAGCCCCCUCCCCCUCGUUUUCAGUUUGCCUAAGACCAAACCAAGUGCUUCCAAAUGAUUUUGGUGCAAUUUAGGAGAAACGCCAGCUACUUCAAAGGAUUUAAUUUCUAUCUAAUGCCACCGUUACUAAAGAAUCGCUGCUUCCUUUAUCAUUUUAAGAAUCAUGUUGACCAAGGGCCAGGCCAGCAAUCAUUGUACCAGAUCGGGUGCUGCUUCCAGACCCCUCUUGGUUGCUUCCUCUCGUUCUGUCAUUUUCAGUGUCUUGGUCAGAAUACCAGCAGCCAAGUUUGUGGGGUUCUGAUGGACUUUUUCUUUCUGAGCUUAAUUCUAUUUAUGUAAUACAGUGUGCUGCCAACCUUCCUUGAAGUCAGACCCUUUUGGAGAUGUAUAAUGAGUAAUAUGGUUUAUUUUUGUAAGCACUCAUUUAAUAAAACUUGAGGUCCUGGA